AAUCGUAGAUAUAUUACACUCACAAGAGCAAAGAGCUCAGUUACUGUUACUGCUCCAUCCUUCAGCCAUGGCAGAGAUCAAUUCAACGGCCAACAACCGCCCCUUGAAAAUCAUAGCCGGAGCAGAUGAUUUCGGCAGCAGCCUCAAGGACGCGCUGGUCGCUCAGCUCCGCUCCCUCAACAUCGAAGUCGAAGACCUCGGCACCACCAAAUACUACUCCAUCGGCGAGGAAAUCGGCCGACGCGUCAGUGAAGCCGCCAAAUCCAACUCCGCCACCGAAACCCGCGGCCUGCUCGCCUGCGGCACCGGCGUCGGCGUCGCCAUAUUCGCCAAUAAAUUCCCCGGAGUCUACGCCGCCACCUGCCUCACCGUCGCCGAAGCCCUGAACGCCCGAUCCAUCAACAACUGCAACGUCCUCGCCGUCUCCGGCAUGUCCACCGCGCCGGAAGUCGCCGCCGAUAUCCUAACCGCUUUCCUCAACACACCGUUCAAAUCUCCCUGCCCAGCCUCCGGAUCCGAGCCGUGGCCAGCCGAGAUCCAGACGUUCUUCGAUGGAUCCGUCGCGGAGAUGUCCAAAAUCAGCGGUGGAAACGCUCCGGCCGUCGAUCCGCCGUGCUUCGUGUGCUCUCUGGCGAGAUCGCGGCAGGAGAAGGAUUUUACGCCUGUUGAUGUGAUGCCCGGUGGAUCGAUGAUAAUUCUGAGGGAGACGCCGACAUCGGCGAUCGUUAGGUUUAAGGGCGGCAGCGUGGAGCCGGCGCAUCACCAUACGUUCGGGCAUGAUUUGGUGGUGAUGAAGGGGAAGAAGUGCGUGUGGAAUCUGACGAAGAAGGAGAAGUAUGAUUUGGUGGAUGGGGAUUUUCUGUUCACGCCGGCGGGAGAUGUGCACAGGGUCAAGUAUUUCGAGGAUACUGAGUUCUUCAUCAAGUGGGAUGGGCAUUGGGACUUGCUCCUGGAUGAAGAUCUCGCUGCUGCAAAUGCCGCCAUUGCUGCUGAAAUUAAGGACUGAUGAUGAAGAUUUGUUGUUUGUGCUUCCUUGUAAAUUCUUUCACCUUCUGUGAGAUUUUCUCAUUUGGAUUUGGGUUCAAAUUUGUGUUUUUUGCAAUUUCAUGUUUUUGCUAUGUAAAUAAAUAAGCAGAGUUUGUCAAAUUUGUCA